AUGAAUUUAAGUGAGAGCCUUGAUAAACCUCGGGAUACUAAAAGAUCCUGUAAGAGGUCGAUAAAAAUACAGUUAUCACUUAAAGAAAGCAAAGAAUUUUCGUAUUAUGAUUUAUAUGAAGAAAUAGCAGAGUCUAAAGGUUUCCUUGAAGAAACAGAAUCAAUGGGUUUCACCAAUGAAAAUAGCUAUAUUUAUCCAGUUUUUAUGCAAAGCAUAAUAGAAAGGUUAGAAAAAUAUGGCCAAUUGGCUUUACAAGAUGAUAUUGGCUUGCACUCAGCGGCCAGAAAAAAAAUGAAAAUCGCAGAAAAUGAUGACUCUUGUGUAGAUCCUUCACUGGAGUAUUAUGAUUUAGACGAUAAGUUUAUAGAUGACACAGAAAUUCUUAAUGAUUAUCAGGAAAGCGACUAUUUAUAUGAAGAAGCAAAAAAAGAAAAAUUUUAUGUGGAGCAUGACACUACAAAAAUCAAGGCAGAAAUCGUAAAAGUAAGCAAAAAAAGCAAGGAAAAAAAGGAAAUCAGCUAUGAAAGAGAUGAAACUAAAGAUUUCGAGAACCUUCCUGACGACUUAAAAGAAGCAGUUAUAAAGCUAAAAAGCGUUUUUUAUGAAACCAGAAGAACUGGGGCUAAAGCUGUAUUCCCGAAAGGGACGCUCUUUAUUAUGACACAAAUAGAAAAACUUGCAGAAAUUCAUAAUAUCAGAAUUCGGACUAUCAACAAAAUUUUAUCAAAAAUUUGUAAAGUAAAAUACGUCAGCAUAAAGCAUGCUAUGGAAAAAAUCAAAUUUAAAACAGAAAAAAAUAAAGCCAAAAAAGCUUAUAAAACACAAAGAUCAGCAUUUAGCAGCCUUAUGAGGUCUGAAUGCAGAAAAUUUGAUUUUAAUUGAAAUGAAGAACUCAGGAAAAAAUUACGAGAGGUGUUAAGGCUGCUUUCAAAUUACGUGAAAAUUUCUAAUGAAUUUGUGAAUAAUUAUUCAAAAAAUCCAAAACUUUUAAACUAUGAGGACCAGGAGAAGAUUUUUAUUGAAAAAUUGAAAACUCAAUGCAGCCCGAAGCUUGCUGGGAUAAAUUUAAAAGAGAGAAUAAGGGUCCAUGCCGAAGUUAAAAAAAAUGAGCCGAAAUUGCCAAUUUUAUCAAGAUUUUUUGAUAAAAUGCCUGAUUUUAAUAUUUCGGAUUUUUAUUAUGAACCUAUUAAUCAAUUAACUUAA